AUGGCUCAAGCAUCACCUACAUCAAGUCAACAUUCCACUACCACGGCGCCACGAACAACAUCAUCCGAUAUCAAAGACUUCGGCUAUACCUCUGGUCGGCCUUUUCAUUGUCCUGUGUCUCUACAGGAGGAGGAGGAUAGUGAUACUUCGGAAAUGGAUGCGGAACCAGCUGACAUACCCGAAAUCGCUCAGCAUGAAGAACAGAAAAGCGGAUGGAAGGUGAGGAAGAGUUGGGUUGGCACCGUGGAUGCUGGUGGUACUAGUAUUGCGGGAGAAGUUAGUUCUGCGGGUGUUAGGAGUAGGAGUGGAGAGGGACAAAAAGUGCGUAGCCGUACUAUUUUGGAACCCCAGAUUGAGUGUUCGCCCCCCUCUAUGGUAGCAGAGACGCCAACGCGAGAUACAAUAACGGCUAGCCCACCCGAAAAGAAGACAGCUACAAAACGAUCACCGCAGCCAAUAUCACCAGCACCCUCAACACGGCCGAUCCUCAAACGCCUAACAGCCGCCCUCCACUACACCCGCUGGGCAAACCAGAAGGACGCCAUCCCUCGAGCUCCUUCUCCAAAUCCACCUAUCUCCCUCCCAACCAACAGUGCCAGCACCAACGGCAGAACCAAAAUUGACAAUGGGAUCCAAUCCCGCCGCCUCCAACGUUCCAGUCAUCUCAAUCCCGACUAUAUCAACCUGAAUAACGUUCAUACUGUUGAUCCUCAAAACCAUCCUAACGGAACCUCUGCACAGGCUCGCCCACAACCUCUACGCCUCAAUCGUAGUGGCCUGACAGGGGAACUGACAGUGCAGGCGGUGUCACCAGAGGCGCCUGUGAGUGUUGCUGUUGCUGAGGUUACGCCUAGGCUUAAAACUGUGGACACAAGGGGGCAGACGAGACAGGGGAGGAGGGCGAGGCGACGGGAAGGUUGUUUUUGA